CCCUCGCGGUUGACAGCUCAGCUGGAGCCGGAGCCGCUCGUGCCAGCCAGUCGCGUCCCAGCCUGCGCUGCCUCUGGCCCCAGCUCCCCAACCAGCUCCGGGCGCCGCUCGGCUGGGCUCCGCGUCCAGCUUCCUACUGAGAACAGUCCCUCCCUUGUGCCCGGUGCACCGUUAGCUGGAGGUUUGGCCACGUCAAGUCGGGUUUUCUACAAAAGCAGGAGCAGAGAGCGCUCUCCCUUUGCGGACACAGAAGGAGGGAGCUGGGGAGGGCAAGGCUGCUGCUCUUUGCACUGGAGAUUCGUGGGCAAGGCUUCGCCUUCUCCCGGGCUGCUUCCUCUCCCGGCUGAGGGGCGCCUGGGAGCAAGCACGGCGCCUGGAAAAUGGAGCAGCCGUGGACAAGAGAUUAUUUUGCAGAGGAUGAUGGGGAGAUGGUACCCAGAACAACUCAUGCAGCAGCUUUUCUCAGUGACACUAAAGAUCGUGGCCCUCCAGUGCAGUCACAGACCUGGAGAAGUGGUGAGAAGGUCCCCUUUGGGCAGACACAUUACCUGAGAGCCUUUGAAAAAGCCCCUCAGGUGCAGACCCAGGCUCUCCGAGACUUUGAGAAGCACCUCAAUGACCUGAAGAAGGAGAACUUCAGCCUCAAGCUGCGCAUCUACUUCCUGGAGGAGCGCAUGCAGCAGAAGUAUGAGGCCAGCCGGGAGGACAUCUACAAGCGGAACAUCGAGCUGAAGGUUGAAGUGGAGAGCCUGAAACGAGAACUCCAGGACAAGAAACAGCAUCUGGAUAAAACUUGUGCCGAUGCGGAGACUCUCAGCAGCCACAAUGAGGCUGAGCUCCGGCGCCAGGUUGAGGAGCGACAGCAGGAGACGCAGCAUGUCUACGAGCUCCUGGAGAACAAGAUCCAGCUUCUGCAGGAGGAAUCCAGGCUAGCAAAGAACGAAGCUGCGCGGAUGGCAGCUCUGGUGGAAGCAGAGAAAGAGUGUAACCUGGAGCUCUCGGAGAAACUGAAGGGAGUCACCAAGGACAGGGAAGAUGUACCAGGAGACCGGGUCAAGCCCGACCAGCACACGGAGGCCCUGGCCCAGAGGGACAAACAAAUUGAAGAACUGAGUCAGAGCCUGGCUGCCCAGGAGAAGCUUGUAGAACAGCUCUCUCAAGAGAAACAACAGCUGCUACAUCUGCUGGAGGAGCCAACUAGCAUGGAAGUGCAGCCCAUGACCCAAGAGUUAUUCAAACAACAAAAGCUGAAUUCAGAUGAGACCAUUAUAACUCAACAGUCGGUACCUGAGUCCCACAUGGCAGAACUCCAGGAAAAAAUCCAGCAAACAGAGGCUACCAACAAGUGCUCCCUCUCUCAUUUUCAGAUGGAGGAGUUAUACCAGGUGAUCGAAGGUCAAAAUGACACAAUGGCAAAGCUUCGAGAAAUGCUUCACCAAAGCCAGCUUGGACAGCUUCAUAGCUCAGAGGGUACUCCAGCUCAGCAACAAGUGGCUCUGUUUGACCUGCAGAGUGCUCUAUUCUGCAGCCAGCUUGAAAUACAGAAGCUCCAGAGGGCCGUACGGCAGAAAGAACGCCAGCUGGCUGACGCCAAACGAUGUGUGCAAUUUGUCGAGGCUGCGGCCCACGAGAGAGAACAGCAGAAAGAGGCUUCUUGGAAGCAUAACCAGGAAUUGCGGAAAGCCUUACAGCAGCUACAAGGAGAAUUACAGAGUAAGAGCCAACAGCUUUGUACCCUGGAGGCUGAAAAAUACAAUGAGAUUCGAACCCAGGAGCAACACAUUCAGCAUCUAAACCAUAGUCUAAGUCACAAAGAACAUUUGCUUCAGGAAUUUAGGGAGCUCCUGCAAUAUCGAGAUAACUCGGACAAAACCUUUGAAGCAAAUGAAAUGUUGCUUGAGAAACUGCGGCAGCGAAUACAAGAUAGAGAUGCUGCACUAGAGCGGGCUAUAGAUGAAAAGUUCUCCACUCUGGAAGAAAAAGAAAAAGAGCUGCGGCAACUGCGUCUUGCCGUGAGAGAGCGAGAUCUUGACUUAGAGAGGCUGCGCGGUAUCCUCUCCUCUAAUGAAGCUACCAUGCAGAGCAUGGAGAGCCUCCUGAGGGCCAAAGGCCUGGAAGUGGAGCAGUUAUCUGCUACCUGUCAAAACCUCCAAUGGCUGAAAGAAGAAAUGGAAACCAAAUUUAGCCAUUGGCAGAAAGAACAAGAAAGUAUCAUUCAGCAGUUACAGACAUCUCUGCAUGACAGGAACAAAGAAGUGGAGGAUGUUAGUGCAACCUUGCUCUGCAAACUCGGACCAGGGCAGAGUGAGAUUGCUGAGGAGCUGUGCCAGCGUCUACAGCGCAAGGAAAGGAUGCUGCAGGACCUUCUAAGUGACCGAAACAAACUAGCAGUGGAACACGAAAUGGAGAUUCAGGGCCUGCUUCAGUCUAUGAGCACCAGGGAGCGGCAGAGCCAGGCUGCUGCCGAGAAGAUGGUGCAAGCCCUAAUGGAAAGAAAUUCAGAAUUGCAGGCCCUUCGCCAAUAUUUAGGAGGGAAAGACUUCAUGGUGUCCCAAGCACUCAUCUCCAGCCAGCCAACUGGAGGGACCUCCAUCAGCCCCCGCCUCGGAGAGCAGACUGAUCAAGGUUCAGUGCACAUACCCUCCAGAGAUGAUAGAACUUCAUUGACUACCAAAGGGGAUGCCACCAUACCCAAGUCCCCAUUAGGAGACUUGGACACAGUUGCAGGGCUGGAAAAAGAACUGAGUAAUGCCAAAGAGGAACUUGAACUCAUGGCUAAAAAAGAAAGAGAAAGUCGGAUGGAACUUUCUGCUCUACAGUCCAUGAUGGCUGUGCAAGAGGAAGAGCUGCAGGUGCAGGCGGCUGAUAUGGAGUCCCUGACCAGGAACAUACAGAUUAAAGAAGACCUCAUAAAGGACCUGCAGAUGCAACUGGUUGAUCCUGAAGACAUACCAGCUAUGGACCGCCUGACUCAAGAAGUCUUACUUCUUCGGGAAAAAGUUGCUUUGGUAGAAUCACAGGGUCAGGAAGCUUCAGGAAACCGAAGACAACAACUGCUGCUGAUGCUAGAAGGACUGGUAGAUGAACGGAGUCGGCUCAAUGAGGCCUUACAAGCAGAGCGACAGCUCUAUAGCAGUUUGGUGAAGUUCCAUGCCCAUCCCGACAGCUCUGACAGAGACCAGACUCUGCAGGUGGAACUGGAAGGGGCCCAGGUGUUACGCGGUCGGCUCGAAGAAAUUCUUGGAAGAAGCCUGGAGCGCUUAAGCAGGCUGGAGACCCUGGCCGCCAAUGGAGGUGCAGCUGCAGGGGAUGACACCGAAGAUGCGAGCACCGAGUUCACGGACAGCAUUGAGGAGGAGGCUGCACACAACAGCCACCAGCAACUCAUCAAAGUGGCUUUGGAGAAGAGUCUGGCAGCUGUGGAGAGCCAGAACAUGUCUCUCUGCCCUCCGUCCCCGACAGGAGGGGGGAGUAACAGGGGUCUUCAGGAGGAAAUGCUCCACCUGAGAGCUGAGGUCCACCAGCACCUCGAGGAGAAGAGGAAAGCCGAGGGGGAACUGAAGGAGCUGAAGGCUCAAAUCGAGGAAGCAGGAUUCUCCUCUGUGGCCCACAUCAGAAACACCAUGCUGAGCCUUUGCCUUGAGAACGCAGAGCUGAAAGAGCAGAUGGGAGAAGCAAUGUCUGAUGGAUGGGAGAUGGAGGAGGACAAGGAGAAGGGCGAGGCGAUGGUGGAGACGGUCGUGGCCAAAGGGGGUCUGAAUGAGAAGAGCCUUCAGGCUGAGUUCAGAAAGCUCCAGAGAAAACUGAAGAAUGCCCACAACAUCAUCAGCCUCCUCAAGGAACAGCUGGUGCUGAGCAGCAGGGAAGGGAAUAGCAAGCUGAGUCCAGAGCUCCUUGUGCACCUGGCCAGGGAGAUCGACAGAAUGAACACAGAGCCAGUGUGUUCUCCUGGGAAGCACCAAGGCCAAGAAGAGGAGGACGUGACCGGGAGGCCCUGCCCCAGACCCCAGAGCCUUGACCUUGGGGCUGCCCUUGCAGUGGAUGCCCACCAACUGGAUGACCAGCCCCAAGCCCGUGACCCUGGGCCACCAUCGGAAUUGAGCCUCCCAAGACCCACCCAGCACCUGCGCUCCCAGCUGGCGCAGUGCAGGCAGCGCUAUCAGGAUCUGCAGGAGAAGCUGCUGGUAGCGGAAGCCACUGUGUCAGCCCAGGCCAGUCAGCUGGAAAAGUUCAGGCUCAUGCUCAGUGAAUCCCUGGUGAAGCAGGACAGCAAGCAGGUUCAGGUGGACCUCCAGGACCUGGGCUACGAGACCUGUGGCCGGAGUGAGAAUGAGGCUGAGCGGGAGGAGAGCACCAGCCCAGAGUGCGAGGAGCAGGACAGCCCCAGGGAAACAGUCCUCAUGGAGGGGCUGUGCUCUCAGCAGGAGCGCCUGGGCCUGACCCUGGCCGGCCCCCCCAAGAGGAAGCCCUUGGAGAGCCAGCUGGGGAAGCAGGAGGAGUUCCAGGCAUAUGGAAAGUCUGAAGACAUCUCUGUCCUCCGGAAGGACAUCAAAGAUCUGAAGGCCCAGCUGCAGACCGCCAACAAGAUCAUUCAAAACCUCAAGAGCCGGGUCCGGUCUCUCUCCGUCACCAGCGACUACUCGUCCAGUCUGGAGAGACCCCGCAAGCUAAAGGCCGUUGACACCCUCGAGGGAUCUUCACCUCAUAGUGUCACUGACGAGGACGAGGGGUGGUUGUCUGAUGGCACUGGGGCUUUCUAUUCCCCAGGCCUUCAGGCUAAGAAGGACCUGGAGAGUCUGAUUCAGAGGGUGUCCCAGCUGGAGGCCCAGCUCCCGAAGUCCGGACUGGAAGGGAAGCUGGCUGAGGAGCUGAGAUCAGCCUCGUGGCCUGGGAAAUAUGAUUCCCUGAUUCAGGAUCAGGCUCGAGAACUAUCCUACCUACGCCAGAAAAUACGAGAAGGGAGAGGUAUCUGUUAUCUCCUCACCCAGCAUGCAAAAGAUACAGUCAAGUCUUUUGAGGACCUCCUAAGGAGCAAUGACAUUGACUACUACCUGGGGCAGAGCUUCCGGGAGCAACUUGCCCAGGGAAGCCAGCUGACAGAGCGGCUCAGCAGCAAACUCAGCACCAAGGAUCAUAAAAGUGAGAAAGAUCGAGCUGGACUUGAGCCGCUGGCCCUCAGGCUCCGCAGGGAGCUGCAGGAGAAGGAGAAAGUGAUUGAGGUCCUGCAGGCCAAGCUGGACGCCCGGUCCCUCUCACCCUCCAGCAGCCGCGCCCUGUCCGACUCCCCCCGCUCGCCCAGCAGCUCCUCCUUCCUGUCCGAGGAGCUGGAAGCCUGCUCCGACAUGGACGUAGCCAGCGAGGACACACACUAUGAAGAGAAGAAAACUUCGCCAGGCCACCCAGAUUCCAUCCAUCACUCAAGUCAUUCUGCUGUUCUGUCUUCUACACCAUCAUCAACCACUGCGCCUCAGGGGGUUAAGGCCAAGCCCAGCAGCAACCCCAGCAGCCUGCCUGCUCCCCAGAACCCCCCGCAGGAGGCCACCCAGGCCCGUCCAGGUGUCAGCACCGUCCAUCCCGCCUCCCCGGCUACAUUGCUGAGCAGCCACUCAGACGCCAGCUCUUCCCACUUCCUCCCCCCUGCCCAGCCCCACUCUCCUCCGAGGGGCGCCCUAGAACUGGGCGGGAUCCUGGAGCCCAGGUACCUGGGCAGCAGCGGCCAGUGGGAUAUGAUGAGGCCUCAGAAAGGGAGCGUAUCUGGGGACCUGUCCUUGGGCUCCUCCCUGUGCCAGCUGAACUCCAAACCCACCGGGGCUGACCUGCUAGAGGAGCACCUUGGUGAGAUCCGGAACCUGCGCCAGCGCCUGGAGGAGUCCAUCUGCAUUAACGACCGCCUGCGGGAGCAGCUGGAACACAGGCUCAGCUCCACUGCCCGCGGGAGCGGAUCCACGUCUAACGGCUACAGUCAGGGUCUGGAGCCCACGACUCAGCUGCACAGCGAGAACAGGGCCCUUCGGGAGGAGAACCGCAGCCUCCAGGCUCAGCUGAGUCACCUGUCUCGAGAGCACUCCCAGGAGGCAGAGUGCCUGAGGGAGGCGCUGCUGGCCUCGCAGUCCCGGCUGCAAGAGCUGGAAGUGGAGCUGGAGCACCAGAAGGUGGACCGGCAGCAGCUUCUGGAAGACUUGAAGGAGAAGCAGCAGGAGAUCUUGCAUUUCCAGGAGGAACGACUCUCCCUCCAGGAGAAGGACUCCAGGCUGCAGCACAAGCUGGCCCUCCUGCAGCAACAGUGUGCGGAGAAGCAGCAGCUCUUCCAGACCCUCCAGUCGGAGCUGCAGAUCUACGAGGCGCUUCACGGCAGUUCCAAGAAGGGGCCGAAAGCUCACACCUGGGAUGCCUGUCACCAGGCCCCUUUGAGCAGCGACCUGAGCCACCUGGUGGCAGAGAUCCGCGCCCUGAGAGGGCAGCUGGAGCUGAGCAUUCAGGUGAACAACAGCCUGCGGCUGCAGCUGGAGCAGCAGCUGGACCGGGGUGCCAGCAGAGCCAGCCCUGGCCCCGCCGGCAGCCACAGCUCGCCCGCUAGCACGGGCCCUGGAGACAAGCAGCCGCUCCUCCCAGAUGCAGUUGCCUCCCCUCCCGUUCGGGACGUCGGCAUGAACCCAGCCCUGGUCUUCCCGGGCUCUUUCACGGCUCCCGGUCCGGACACCGCCCUCCUCAGUAGGACAAAUGAUCUGGGUUUUGAUGGAGUGAAGAGUCCUCCCAAGCUGGAGGGCGAUGCUGCUGACGGCUGCUUCGCCAAUAAGCACGGCCGCCAUGUGGUCGGCCACAUCGACGACUACAGCGCCCUGAGCCAGCAGAUCGGGGAGGGCAGGCUGCUGGCCAGCAAGAUCGCGUCAGCCGUGAGAUCCGCCUGCAGCUGCCCUGGCCUCGAGGCUCGGGGCUCCAAGGUGCUGGGCAGCGAAGGCGUCAGUGAACUUCGCAGCAGCGCCAGUGCCCUGGGCCACGUGUUGGAUGAGUCGGCCUCCCUCCUGACCAUGUUCUGGCGGGCGGCCUUGCCCAACUCCCACAGCCCUGUGCUGCCUGGCAAAGCGGGAGAGUCCGCGACACAGGAGCUUCUGGAGCUGAGAACCAAGCUCUCCAGGCAGGAGAGCCUCCUCCAGAGCACGGCCGAGCGCCUGAGGACCGCCAGCCGGCAGAAGGAGAGCCUGGAGCAGUUCAUCUUCAGCCAGCUGACCAGGACGCACGAUGUCUUGAAGAAGGCAAGGACUAAUCUGGAGGUGAAAUCCCUAAGGGCUCUGCCGCGCGCUCCAGCCUUGUGACCCUUGCCUUCCAGGAGCCAUGCAAGAAGCGAAGCCACCAGAGGUCCUUAAAGCAGCAGGAAGGAUGGGCCUGCCCCCCUUUCGUGCAGCUGCCUC